GCCUUCCCAGAGGUAUCUUUUUACUCUGCCUGCUCCAGAUACCUCUUAUCACAGAACCAGUUGGUGGAGGAAGGUUACCCUAGGCGAGGAACCGAUAAUUUAGCCUACUUCAACCCCUCUAUCUGGUGGUGGACUAAUACGCCAAGGAACCCUAGCUGGGAGAGGAAAGUAUGCGCUAGGUGUCGAACCAUCUACAAAGUGACUACACCAAACUGUACGACUGCUGUGGCCGUUAUGAUCGCUGCACCACUGCCAAAUAUCAUGUCCCUGUUGAGUAUGAGUAUUACAAAUCUGCAAGGGUUUGUGGAGACCCUACCACCACAGGGACCAGAGCCUGAGGAGGGGUGGGGCAUAUUUUCUUUAGAUUGUGAAAUGUACUACUCAUCUGAAGGCUUAGAGCUUGGCAAGGUUACAGUGGUCAAUGCUGAACACAGGGUUGUAUUUGACACGUGUGUCAGACCUGAGAGGCCCAUCGCGGACUGCAUUACAAGGGUAAGUGGACUAACUGAGGCCCUAAUGAAGAGCAGAGUUACUAUGGGACAGGUCCAGAAUACACUACUGGGACUGAUCAACAGUAACACUAUUCUUGUUGGGCAUAGUCUCGAAAAUGACCUGAAAGCCUUUAUUUAUCCAUAUAAUGUAUUCUCAAUGAUACAACUACAUGAAUGAUUAAUCAGUCAUAUAAUGAAACCACAGUAAAGACUUUAUUAAAUAUUUCUAAUGCUUUUUUGGUCCAAUAACAUUGUCUGUUAAAAAUUUUAAUUCGUUAAAAAUUAUUUAAAUCAUAAAGGAAUUUGAUGAGUAAUGUGAACAACGUAAUCACAAAUAAAUACUACCAUGAUUUAAUAUAAUAGAUCCUGACCUAUCUGACCAUUCUGGAGUGUUGGCUAUUUUUAAUGAAAUUUAUAGAAAUCUGACUUCUGUAGCAAUUUCACUUUUCAAAAGAAAUGUUAAAACAUAAACACUGGGUCUAUUUACUAACUUUAAAUAUUGUAGAUGAAGCCUUUGAUUUUGUUAACCCAAAACUUUAUACUUAGAGUGAAAACAUCAAAUUAAAAUAAAACGUAUGGCAAGAAAAAACACAAUAUAAAAUGGUUCACACAGAAUGUUAAAAUAUGAGAAAUUUUGUAAUGAAGUAUGACAUGAUUAAAUACAGAGAUUUGUACUUAAAAUCAAAGAAUAAUUAUAAGUAUCACAGGAUAAGUAAAUAGCAUUUGAUAAUUAUAUUCAAUAAUCUCAAUAUAAAGAUGAGGUUAACUGGAAAGAUAUUAAAGAAUAAUAAUUCAAAAAUCAACAGGUAAAGAAAGAGUAAUAGAGUCUGAAACAUCAAAUGACUAUUUAUUAAAUGUGAUUAUCAAAUCACAAUAAACAAUGUGAGUUUUAAUAGAGCAUUAAGCAAUACAGGAAAUGAUUGUGCUUUUAAACUACAAGAUAUAUAUUCACAAAAUUGUAACAAAAUACACUGUGCUAGAUUUAAAUGGAAUCUUAGUUAAGUUCAUCUCAAAGUGAGGAUGAAUAAAUUGAUAAAUGAAAUUAAUCCUACUAUUGUGGAACCCAUAAUACUAUAACUGUUGUUGACAAUAUUAUAUUCGGAUGAUACCGAAACCAUACUUUGAAUUGAAAUGAGCAAUUUCACAAGUUGAUAUAUUGUUAUUCAACUGCAAUAUAACUACUUAAAAUUGU